AUGCAACAGACUGCUGAACGACAUAAGGCUAGCUCAGCUGUAACUAAGACUUUCUCAAAACCCCCUUCUUUCUCUUUCUAUAUCCCAGCCAUCCUGCAGGUGUCCAUAUCCUUGAACAAGGUGGAAUUAAGUGUCGGAGAGUCCAAGUUCUUCAUCUGCACAGCGAUUGGCGAGCCAGUGAGGAUGGAAUGGUACAAUCCUCAGGGUGAGCGCAUUGUGGCCUCCAAGCGAAUGGCGCUGCACACAGAGACAUCACGAUCCCGGCUCAUCAUCUACAAUGCCAUUGUUGAGGACGCCGGUAUUUACCGCUGCCAGGCCACUGAAACCAAUGGUCAUACAGCGGAAGCCUCUGUCGUGCUCGAGAUUUAUCAGAGGCUGACCUUUCGAGACAUUCAGUCACCGCAAGAGUUUCGGUAUGGCGGGGUGGCAGAGGUGGUGUGUGAUGUCAUCAGUUCGCCGGUGCCAGAGGUUGUGUGGUCCUACCAGGGCAGGGAAAUCAAUGAGAAGCACCACAGCAGGUUAAAGGUGCUGGCGAACAACAGCUUACAGAUCCAUAAUGUGACCAAAGCGGAUGAAGGCGUAUACCGAUGUGAGGCCAGCGUGGAAGCUCGUGGAGAGAUCGACUUUGUGGAUAUCGCUGUGGUGGUCAAUGUCCCCCCGGUUCUGUCAGUUUCCCAACAGUCAUUCAAUGCCACUGCCGACUACCAGGAGUCAGUCACCUUUACGUGCAUCACCUCUGGAUCUCCCGACCCUGUAGUUUCAUGGCACAGAAAAGGCCAGCAACUGGAACCAUCGGAUCAAUACAUUCUGAGUCAUGUGGAAGGGGGGCGGAGCAUGCUCACCAUCCGCAACAUCCGUCAGGUUGACGGAGGAUUCUACUAUUGCAAGGCCACCAACAAGGCGGGAUCUCAGGAGAGGGAGCUCUUCCUCAAAGUGUUUGUCCAGCCCCACAUAACGCAGUUAAAGAAUGUGACAGCGGUGGAGGGCAAUGCUGCCAUGAUCUCCUGCAUAGCUGAAGGUGAGCCGCUUCCGGACAUCUCCUGGAGACGAGCCAGUGAUGGGCGGACCUUUGUGGAUGGAGACAAGAGCCAGGACGGACGCUUUGAAGUGCGUGGCCACCACGGCAAGUCAGUACUUACCAUCAGCAACGUAAGGCUUUCUGACCUGGGCCGCUUUGACUGUGAGGCCCUCAGUAGGAUCGGAGGCCAUCAGAAGAGCAUGUUUCUGGAUAUUGAGUACAUACCAAAGUUCCUGACCAACCACACUAUCUACUAUUCUUGGGAGGGGAAUCCAGUCAACAUCAGCUGUGAUGUGAUGUCCAACCCACCUGCCACUUUGCUGUGGAGAAGAGAGCACUUCACCAUCUCUGCAGAGAGGACCACCAACACACAAGUGCACAGCAGCAUGGGCAAGUCUAUACUAGAGGUUACUCCGAUGUCCGACAGGGACUUCGGUCGCUACAACUGCACUGCCCGCAAUAACAUUGGCAUUCGCUACCAAGAAUUUAUUCUGGCCCAGGCUGAUGUCCCAUCCAAUCCAUACUCGGUGCGUCUGUCUGCUGUCUCCCAGCGUUUGGCUACAGUUACAUUCGUGAAGCCAGAAUCUCACGGUGGCGUUCCCAUUGGCUAUUAUCUUGUCCAGUACAAGGAGGUGGGCCCACAAGACUGGAGGGACGUCAGAUCACAUAGUGUGCAGACAACAGUGGUGCUGACCGGCCUGGAGCCCAAUACUACCUACGAGGUCCGAGUGGCAGCCGUCAAUGGGAAGGGUCAGGGCGAGUUCAGUCGAAUGGAGACUUUCCAGACAUUACCCAUCCGAGAACCAAGCCCACCAGCAGUCCAUGGGCAGACAGGAAUGGGUAAAGCCUAUAAACUGGGGCUGGUAAAGCAGGAUGACGGCGGAAUGCCCAUCGUGGAAUACAUUGUCAAAUACAAGACAGACAAAGAGGAGCAAUGGAUGACCAAGCUUGUUCCAGGUUCCAAUGACUUUGCGACUCUGCAGCCGCUGCAGUGGAACACAAGAUACGAAGUAGAGAUCACGGCUCGCAACGUUAAGGGCCUAUCGGAGCCCACCUUCUACCAGUUCUUUAUGCCACAGAAACCUGACGUCACAGCAGAAUCCCUGUUCAGCGGCCUCGGCCUAGGGGCAGUGGUGGGCCUUGGCCUUGGAGCACUGCUCCUGCUGCUCGUUCUGGUUGAUGUCAGCUGCUUCUUCCUGCGCCACUGCGGCCUGCUGAUGUGCAUCACGCGCACACUGUGCAGCAAGAAGACGGCCACUAAUAGCAAAGGCAAAGACAUGGAGGAGGGCAAGGCCGCCUACCUGAAACUGCCGCUGAAGGAAGAAAAUGGCAAAGAGUCUCUCAAGCCGCAUACGAUUGAAAUCAAAUUGCACGGUGACCACAGCAUCCACGCCAAGCCGGAAGACAGCAAAGCAUAA